AAAUUAAAGGAUUAUUUUUGUGAGAAAAAAGGUACCCGGUUCAGUCGAAUCCAAUGGAGAGCGACGAAUCUAUCGAUGAUCCGGUUCCGAACGAACAACCGGCAUCGUCAGCAGCAGCCCUUCAUCCAGUGUCUCCAGCAUCAGCACCGGAGAGAGACCAUGGCCACAACGAACGACUGGGCCGAAUGCGAUUUGUCCAGCAAGCGCUGGAAGAAGACUACGGCCACGAUGAUCCUGAAGUAGUCAGCCCCAUUGUGGAGGAAGUUGAUGAUGAUGAUGAUGAUGAACUACCGGAACAGGAUCAGGACACAAUUGAAUUCGACAAUGACGACAUCAGCUAUGAUCGAUCGAGUAAUGGUUCGGAAAAUGGUUUGGAUGAUUCGGAUGCAGACCGACUGUUUGACGAUUAUAUAAACAAUCGGGUACAGCAUCUAUCGACUGCUGCGGAAACAUACAAUACUGAGCUUCCGACAGAGCACGCUUAUCUAGGCAAGCUGGAACGUGUGGAAGGUGUUGAUUACCUAGAACCAGGUAAAGUGUACCGUCUUCCGAUCUGCAGUCACAAUUCUAUUGUAUUUCCUGGCGAAGUCGUGCCGAUGAUUCUCAAUGUGGCCACCCUAAACUGCAAUGAUCCCUCGGAUGGAGUAAAAUUCGGACUGGUAUUCCGCACGACGUUCCCGAACAACUGUGUCUACGGCGUAACGUGUCAGGUGUUUGAGCGAGGCGAACACGAUGCGAACGGUUCUACUGUGCUCAAAACGAUUGCCCAGCAAAGGUUCCACACGGUUCGUCAUUUGCCGAAUCGACGGGCGGACGUUCUUAUUCUGCCGGAAAUAUUACUGCCCGAUCCGUUGCUCAGCAGCUGUUCGAAUUUUAUGAAGCGACACGCCGUUAGCAAUGACAAGCAACACGCACGUCGAUUUAAACAGUUUCUCUCGCAUGCAAUGACCUGGCCAAAAUUUGUUUAUGACCAGUACGGGACUGAGGAAGUGUUGACGAAGGUCGAUCGCUAUUUGGCAUUUUUAAAGAUAACUACUGUUCCCAGUGAUCCGGUAAAGUUAUCAUUCUGGCUGGCGAGGAAUAUUCCCAUCGACGAACGUGACCGAAAGCUGAUUUAUCAGGCAAAUGCUGUCAUCAGUAGAAUGUUAGUCAUCAAUAAGUCGCUGGAUCAUAUGUGUUACUUUAUGUGUAAACGCUGCGAUAAUGAGGUUGGUAGCUACAAUGAUAUAUUCGCCAUGAGCAAGCAGGGUAUUCAGACUAGUUACUGUAAUCCAUCCGGUUUUGUUCAUGAGACUCUAACCAUUUACAAAACGAAAGAGAAUUCGACCUUCACUGUGGAUCGUCCGUCAACUGAGUUUAGCUGGUUUCCGGGAUAUUCAUGGCAAAUUACGCUGUGUGCCAACUGCCGGCAACACUUGGGCUGGAAAUUUGUGGCCACCAAAAAGAACUAUCUUCCGACCAGCUUUUACGGUUUGUCCGGCAGUAGCAUAAAGAUUAAAUCGGCCAUGAAACCGCGCGCUGCUAACGCUGAGGACGAGGAAGCUGACAUUGCGGAACGAAUAAGAGAUGCGGCGGAAGAUAGUGACGACGAUUUUAACAUGGUGUACGAGGGUCUUGAGACCGAAGGCGUGUUGCUGCCACUCGGGGAACUGCCACCGUCGCCACCAAACGCUGGUGAUGUAGACGAAACGGAAUAUGAGGCGGAACAGGAGGAGGAGGAGGAACACGAGGCGGUGGAACAGGAGGAGGAAGCACAGGAGGAGGAGGAACAGGAAGCGGUGGAACAGGAGGCGGAGGAACAGGAGGAGGAGGAACAGGAGGCGGAGGAACAACAGAACGAGAUUGCUUAUGAGGACGAGAUGGCAUAUGAGGACGAGAUGGCAUAUGAGGACGGGAUUGCAGAUGAGGACGAGAUUACAGAUGAGCACGAUAUGGCAGAUGAAGACCGAUUUCAAGAUGCUGUAGAGUAAAUUUGCUGACUUCUGAGGAGCUAUUCAUUACACAUCUUACUGUAAAAAGAGUAGGUUUUCUGUUUUGGUUCGAGUUGCGCUUAUCCUACAUUUAAC